GGUGGCGCUGCCGCCCCGCCAGGCGCCGCCUCCCCGCCCCUCCGCCAUGGCCGAUGUGGAGGACGGGGACGAGCCGGGCGCCCCCCACUCGCACACGGGCUCCGCGGGCUCCAAGGCGGGCGCCCCCGACAAGAUGUUCUCGCUGAAGAAGUGGAACGCGGUGGCCAUGUGGAGCUGGGAUGUGGAGUGCGACACCUGCGCCAUUUGCCGUGUGCAGGUCAUGGAUGCCUGUCUUAGAUGUCAAGCUGAAAACAAACAAGAAGAUUGUGUUGUGGUUUGGGGAGAAUGCAAUCAUUCGUUCCACAAUUGCUGCAUGUCCUUGUGGGUGAAACAGAAUAAUCGCUGUCCCCUCUGCCAGCAGGACUGGGUAGUCCAGAGAAUAGGCAAAUAAAAACACUGGAAGAUAAUUUUUAAAUUUUUUUUCUGUUGAACUUGUUGAAAUAGUGUGUGUCUUACGACAUUUGCUCAUACAGAAGAAUGGAAUGUCAAUCACGGCAUGAUUUACUUAGCUUAUCUUCUACAAGAUCAGUGUGGUUUUGUUGUAUGCUCUUUGCUGUAGGAGAAGGCAAUGGUCCGUCUUAUUGUAGAUUAUUUCCACAACUGAAAAAAGAGACUAACUACACUAACAAAUUUAUCUGUUACGAUUUGACUGUUAACUGUAUCAGAGCAUAGAAAUGUGAUAGUGCAGAUUAAACCCUAAAUAUAGUUUAUUUAAUUUGAAAGGGCAGCCUUACCUGUAAGUCUGAUACCCUGAAUAGGUUACUGUCAGGAUAAAGAAAUUGUUCAUUUUAAGUAACAUUGUAUGCAAAAACACAGUUGGUGAGUUUCUUAGUAAGUGUUCUGUUUUUUGAUCUAAAAUGAGUAGUGUGUAAAGCAUAUGCCAUGUGCUUUUUCCAUCACACUCUACUAAACAUUUCUGUUAGGUUUUCUUUAUGACAGUAGAAAAUUUUGUUUUGUUGUAUCUCUGUCUGUUGCUGUAUUAUAUCCUAUGCAUUAUUUCUGCAACCAUAGUAUUAAAAUUUAACCACAUUAAUAUCUUUUUUAUUUAUAUUUUUCUUGAAGACAGGGAAAACGUGUAUUUUUAAUCCAGAGACUUUUUGUACAAAGACACGUGUUUGGUAUUAGUUAACUAGAGACAUAAACAAUCUCAUUGGUUAGCUGACAAAUAUAGAAAGCAAACAAAACUGAUAAUUUAAAUAUCCUGAGGAAAGUUGGUACUGAUUAGCUCUAGGGAAAACUGUUAAAUUGUGAUUUAAUGAAAAAUCACUUAAUAGAAAUUUCUUUACCAUCAUUUUAUUGGUUAGAAUGUUUUGGAAGUGAAAGAAAGCAUUGUUUUAUUUUUGUGGAAAACGGUGAUAUAUAAUUUUUUUAUAUGAAUCAUGAUUUUUUUCUUAUGAAUAUUUAAGUGCUUGUCUCUGACACUGUCUUUUCCCUAAAUAUCCAUAGUAAUUACUGUUAAUCUGAACAUAUGCUGUGGGGUUUUUUUUAAUAUAUGUAAUAGGUUGAAUUACUGCUUUGUAACAAAUUCAGGCUUAAUAAAAUGGUUAAUAAACCUGGGUGAAAUUGA